AUGGAAAAGCAGUUUAAUGAUAUUUAUAUAUAUAACAAUUUAUGUACCAUUACUACAUAUUUGGCUACAAUGCCAUCUCUGUAUACUCAAGGGAGUCUUUCUCCUUGCUUGCCCCUUACCAUUUCGUUCAUUCGCAUCAUGCCACUAAAACAUAACGAGCAAAUUCAUCAAGAUGGCAGUACUUCUGUCAUCAUAAUAGUUGAAAGAGGAAACUUUAGUGGGAAAGUUCUCAGAUCUUUACAGCAACUUAGACAAUUGAGUCAUGUAGUUAAAAAUGACGCGAACAGCAAGCAGCAACAAUGA